AUGGGACGAUCCGGCUCAACGGAAACAAGCAUCAGAGUCAAUGCAUCAUAUCCAACGAAUAGGAUCAAUGAUGUGGGUUCCUUUCCAGCGAUUGGAAGAGGCACACAAACGGUAUGGGCAACAGUAUGGGUAUCGAUAGUUGGCGAUGUUAAGCAUUGUUUGGCGCAUGGGAAAAGAUGGGAGAAGGCGAAUAAAAGUGGCCCGUCAUUACCAGUUAAGAAGACCGAUCGAAUCGUUGCAAAGGAAAUUCCAACUCUGGGGGGUUUGGAGGAACUUGAUGGGCCACGGAUUUCAGCAGGCUAUUUCGGCAAUGGGUGGCGGCGAGAUUGUCUUGUUUCCUAG